CUCGGCGACACGCAAUGACGUAACCACGCCCCCUUUGCUUCAAGUAUAACUCACCCGCAGGCUGCUUUUUGCGUUCAGAGGCGCGAGCACCUGGCAUAGCUCGGACUUUUCUUCACCAGAGUGACCUGACUCAACGCUGAAGAUGAAUCUGGCAAAGAGACUGAUUGGUGGAAUCCUUGAUGUGGUCAGCAACAUCGAUCCUGGCCAGUUUGUGCCCUCUGACCCUCCUCCUGCACGCAGACCGCUGGCGUACGUCCAGGCUCAUGAGAACGAUGAGGAGCGACAGUUCCGUCAAGUGUUCCGUCAGCUUGCCGGCGACGACAUGGAGGUGAGCCCCAAUGAACUGAUGAGCAUCCUCAACAAAAUCAUCUCCAGACGUCAAGACCUGAAGACGGAUGGCUUCUCCAUUGAGUCCUGCAGGAGUAUGGUGGCGGUCAUGGAUAGCGACAGCACGGGCAAACUGGGGUUCGAAGAGUUCAAAUACCUCUGGAACAACAUCAAGAGGUGGCAGGGCGUCUAUAUGCAGUUUGAUGCUGAUCGGUCCGGUACGAUCGGAGCAUCUGAGCUGCCCGGUGCAUUCCAAGCUGCAGGCUUCCCCCUGAACGAUCAGCUCUUCACGAUGAUCAUCCGCAGGUACAGCGACGAGAACGGCAACAUGGACUUCGAUAACUACAUCGGCUGCCUGGUCCGUCUGGACGCCAUGUGCCGUGCUUUUAAGACGCUGGACAGAGACCAAAGUGGCACCAUUAAAGUGAACAUCAAAGAGUGGCUGCAGCUGACCAUGUACUCCUGAGCGACUCGCUGUGCCUGGAUCACCAACUGCACAUGCUAUAUUCACCUUGUUCACCACAACACUAGACAAAGCAAAUUGAAACGCCGUCUGCUGCGGCCCUGAAGCUCCAUUAGUGUUUUUUGUUUUCUUGCACAUGACUAAUGCUUUUUUUUUCGUCAUUUAUAUGAUUUACAUAAUCUGAAGAGUUUUUAACAUGACUAUGGCUCAGCGGUGUGGUUUAUUAAUCUGUACAGCAUGAAUAAAUUCUGCAGGUGACAUGAGCACAUGAAGGCUAAAGGGGGCGCUACUGUAUGACUGGAAUGUUAUACACUCAAAUUUUAUAGGAAAUAAAGUAUAGACAAGUCAACAAAGAA